AUGCAGCUCCCCGCCGUGCCGGGCGCACUCGCCCCCUCCUUGCUCGCCAUCCCCGUAGCCUUCGGCAUCAACGGCGCGACCACCUUGGCAGACAGCCCACUGGUGCUGAUGCUGACAGGGGUGCUGGUGCUCGCCAGCCUCUUCUCCAUCAUCUUCUUCGUAAGCGGAGGGAGCCACUUCCAGGACCCCCUUUUCUGCGUGUUUGUGGUGUUCUCCUUCACCUCCGUCGUCGACUUGAUCAUCUCGCUGGAGGAGGAUGGCUACAUUUCUGGCUUCAUGGAGGCCUACAUCAGAGAGGGUGAGCCCUACCUGCGCACGGCGCAUGGCAUCAUGAUCUGUUACUGGGAUGGCAUCCUCCAUUACGGGCUCUACCUCGCCAUGAUCGCGGCCAUCGGCCAGAGAAAGAGCUACAGGAACCUGGGUCUCUUCUGGCUGGGCUCUCUGAUGAUGAGCAUCGUCGUCUUCCUGCUUGGGAACCUGAUAGGGAAAUAUAGCUCCGACCUCAGCCCUGCCUUCCUCCUCAACCUGCCCUACAUCCUCAUCCCCAUCUGGGCUGGGACGAGGCUCUUCCAGCAGCCCAAGGCCCUGCCGUGCCUCAGCCCUGAGAAGGUUGCAGAGGAGCAACGCAAGCACCUGUACCAGCGGCCCCAGGACAUGGGGCUGGUCCUGGUCCUGCUCCUCACUGCCGCGUUCACCUUCUUCAGGGGGAUGGUGGUUUUGGACUGUCCCGCCGAUUCGUGCUUCGAGUAUAUCUACCAGCGCGAGCCGUACCUGCGCGACCCCGUCGCCUACCCCAAAGUGCAGAUGCUGAUCUACAUGUUCUACGUCCUCCCCUUCUUCUGCCUCUGCAUCUACGGGCUGGUGCUGCCCGGCUGCUCCUGGCUGCCCGACUGGAGCCUGGUGUUUGCCGGUGCCGUCGCACAGGCUCAGUUCUCCCACCUGGGCUCCUCGCUGCACCCCCGUACGCCCUUCCCCUACCAGACCCCUGAAGAUGUCUGGUGGAGCUUCUUCAUCACCAACGUCCUCUACGCGCUGGGGCCCCAGCUCCUGGCCUACCGCUGCCUGCGCUGCCCUGCCUUCUUCUUGCCCGCCACUCCUGCCAGCCUGCACGUGGGCAAGAAGCACCAGUGA